CGCAGCAGGAAUAUUCACGUGUUGGUCAGCCUGGGACUCUAUUUACCUCCUCACGCGCGGCGAAUCUAGAGCAGUGUGACAUUUAUCUUCAGAGAAGACAUAGAAAGUUUAUUAUUUUAACAGGAGAGAUGAAACACAAUAAUAGUGUCCCAGCUUUUGUCAGCAAACUUUGGGCACUUGUAGAGGCUGAGUCAACGAACGAACUGAUCUGCUGGAGCCAAGAUGGCUGCAGUUUUCUUGUCCAGGAUGAGCAACGGUUUAGCAGGGAAGUCCUGCCCCUUUACUUCAAACAUAGCAACAUGACCAGCUUUGUGCGCCAGCUUAACAUGUAUGGCUUCCACAAAGUGGUACAUUUAGACGCUGGGUUGCCAAAAGCUGACGGGCAGUUAAAUUGUGUUGAGUUUCAGCACGAGGACUUCCAGAGAGCUCAACCCCAUCUGUUGGGCCUCAUCCACAGGAAGGUGUCAGUUAGCCGUGGAGUUGAAGAGGGAGGGCAGAUCUCUCAGGGACUCGUUCAGGUUAGUCAUGUCAAAGGCUGGCAAGACUCCUCAGACCUCAAACUCAUGGCUUUGUGCAGGGAUAAUGAGAGUUUGUGGAGAGAACUGGACUCGUUAAGACAGAACUAUCAGCAGCAGCACAAAAUCAUACGCAAGAUUAUAAAGUUCAUCAUCAACAGCGUCCAAUCAAAUGGGAUCAAAGGUUGCAAAAGGAGACUCCCUAUGAUCGACAAUUCUGUCGAAUUUCAGUCUGCACCAAAAUACGCCCGUUCCUUCAGUGUCAAUCCCACCCAAAGCACUUCCUCCCUCCAAGAAAUCCCUACGUUGCAAAAGCUGGAUGUGUCACCUGCUGACGUGUACUCAAAUGGUACGAUCAUCUCUGACAUCACCAACCUGCUGGAUCAAACACCUGAGCCAAUCAAAGAGGCCGAGACAGAAAGCCUUCCUGUAACUCUCCUGCCAUUCUUAUCCCCCGCCUCCCCGACUCUGCCCUCCGUGGAGCUGGCGUUGUCUUUGCUGGAUGACCCAACUGUCCAGGAGUUUGAGGAAAUACCCUCGGAAAGGUUCAUAAUUGAUAUGUCUGAUCCACUGGCGCUUAUUGACUCCAGUUUAGCAGCGAUCCGCUCCUGCUCUUCACCUUCACCAGACCUGGACAAUUUCACCAAGAUCCUUAGUCCUGGCUGCCAUGUCUCUGCUGUUAAAGACUCUAUCACAGAAACCAAGAUCAAACAGAGAGGCCAGAAUGAAGCUGACAUGCUACCUCACAUCGACACAGUUAUACAAGAGAGAAGCCUGCAAGAAAAUGCAGACUCGGAGCAGGAGCGCUAUGAUGGUGAAGAGUAUUCAGAUAUUUUACAAUCCCUGCUGCAGAUGGCACAGGAAGCGUCCAGCCUCUCCUUCAGUAACACUACACUGCCCUUAGAGCUCUCUUUUGUCAUGUAAAGCUCUAGUGCAUGGGUCAUUUGAUAUUGUGAUAUGGUGGUUGAUAGAGAAAAGUGCUAUCUGAAACA